CAUUGAAUGUACUUCGCUCCACUUGGAAACCCGGUCAUGAUUCAGUUCAUUAAUAAAUAAAUAGUUCGGUGUCAUGGCGGAAUCUGCAGAGUGUCCUGUUUUCCAGCUCGGGAGACCCCGAUACGACCAGGGUUCAUUCCUAGGCCGUCUGAGACACUUUGUUGAGAUCAUUGACCCGCGUACCCUGUUUGUGUCCGAGACACGGCUGAAAGAAUGCAUCAAGCUCCUUGAUGAUUACAAACAUGGCACACUUCCACCUGGAGUUUCUGAUCUUCAGCUGUGGGAAGCCCAGAAGGUCAAGCAGGCCAUCAUUCAUCCUGACACAGGAGAGAAGAUCUUCAUGCCAUUUCGAAUGUCAGGUUAUGUACCAUUUGGAACACCAAUUGUCAUUGGCCUUCUUCUCCCCAAUCAGACAGUGGUGUCUACCAUUAUAUGGCAGUGGCUGAAUCAGAGUCACAAUGCCUGUGUGAACUAUGCCAACCGCAACGCCACAAAGCCUACACCAACAUCCAAGUUUCUUCAAGGCUAUGUCGGAGCUGUGUCAAGUGCUGUGUCUAUUGCAGUGGGACUGAAUGUGCUGAUUCAGAAGGCCAACAAGUUGAGCCCUGCCACCAGAAUGAUAAUACAGAGAUUGGUCCCCUUCCCAGCUGUUGCUAGUGCAAACAUUUGUAACGUGGGCCUGAUGAGACACAAUGAGCUGUCUGAAGGUAUUGAUGUGCUGGACAACAAUGGCAAUGUGGUGGGCUCCUCCAAAAUUGCUGCAAGACAUGCGAUCACGGAGACUGCCUUCACACGUGUGGUCCUCCCGAUGCCAAUCUUUGUCCUGCCCCCCUUAAUCAUGUCCUACCUAGAGAGGAUGCGAUUCCUGCAGAGCAACCGCAGAUUAUUGCUGCCCAUCCACAGCGUUGUGUGCCUGGUUACCUUUGCCCUCUCCCUGCCUUUGGCCAUCAGCCUGUUCCCACAGAUGUCUCAGAUUGAGGUGUCUCGCCUUGAGCCGGAGAUCGCCAUGGCAACAGAUUGCAAAGUGUUGACCUACAACAAGGGUUUAUGAUGGAUGAUAUGGUGAGGGAGAGGAGAUGAGAGGACAGGGAGCGAGAAUGGAAAUGAGGCUGCAAUGUAAAAAAACCCCAGGGUUCCUCUUCUCGACAGGUUCGGUAUUUUCUGCUGCAUACUGUAAUUGAAGCAGAGUCUGUAGAUCAUUGUGUACUAAGCCAGGGUUUCUCCACCUGUUUAUCACACCACCAGUUGUCCAGUCAGGUUUCCUCUGAGCUUUUGAGAUUAUCCCCCUUUCUUGUUGUUUUUAAGAACACAAAUGAGCUCUGUAUGUAGAAAUUAUGAUAUAUUUAAAAUCAGUUUUUUAAAUUUAUACAAUACUGUGUUUCUCACACAACUUUAUAUUUUACCAACCAUGUAAUGGUUGUUCAAGUAUAUUUUGACCAAUUUAAACAAUGGAAAAGGUUAAUUAUUUCAGUUUAAACCUGCAAUAGCUGAUUUUUUGGCCACUUAGGAAAGCAAAAACAAGCUAAAAAAAAGGUAUCACCUUUUAAGUUUAUGUGAUGAACUUUUUAGCAAACAGCUGCCUAUUUACACACACCCAGCAGAUUCAGAGCAACAUUAGCAUUCAAUUGGAGUCAUGAGGUCAUCAGGUGAACAUAAGUCUGAUAUUCACUCUCCUUUAUUUGGUUUUCAACAACCCCUGAGAAUUAUAUCCAUCUCUUCAGCUGCUAAAUGCUCCUCUGUGUUUAUCACCUAGUCGCUAACUGCAUCUGUCUGCUGUUUGGUGCUGAGCAGGUAGUGUAAAGUGGGGUUUUAAAGCCUUUCUGCUGAAAAUAUCUGCAUUCUGUGGCCACAAAGGAUGCUGAUGACAGUGCUCAGUUAAGUAUUGGGCCAGAAAACAAAAACAAUGCACUGAGAGAUGCUGUAAAGCUCUUAAGGGUGGAGGGCAACUGUAGCGUUUGGUGAUAAUUGCUUAAGAAUACUCUACUAUGUGAUUCAUUGUUAAAUUAAAAAUAUUGUUUGUAGCUGCUUUAAUGCUAUCCUUUGCAUCAUCAGGAACAGCACAUGUUCAUAGUGCAUUUCUGUUGCUAGUUAUCUGCUGUCACAUAGACUCGAUAUAUAUGCAGUAAUCUUAUAUUGAGCUAUAUACAGUAUGUGUAUGUGUGAGUUAUGGGUCGGACUGUCAGAAGGAGCCUUAACAAAAAGCUCCCUCACAAGUAUAUCUUUGAUCUGUGGGGGACACUGCAAUAACCAAUAGGCCUAUAUUAGUCUUAGAAAGCUCCCGGGACCAUGUCCACCUGUCAUGUGACAGGGUAAGGAAACUCUGGUCUGACCAGGCUGUGGUGCUGAUAUAUUCUGUAUAAUGAGAAAAAUGAUGAGGGGUUGACAUACUGUAGGAAUGGAUUUCUGUGGGAAAAUAUUGCAAAGUAUACUUGUCUGAGUAGCUUGUGGGGAAAACCUGGAGACUGUACUGUAGAUGUGUCACCUUACACACUUUUUAAAAUUGGUAAAUGGCAGUUGAUUACAUGCCAAGUAUUUUAACCCUAAUAAUGUGAAACAACAUACAGCGUGCUACUGUCUUCGUAUUUUUUCUUACCAUAGCCAAAUAUUUUGACUUUCCUUCUUAACUGGUAGGAAGGACAUUUUACUCUAGUUCUGACUGUUUGUUAAACCACUGUUGUUUUCCUAUAAUGAAUUACUUCUUUUGCACAAUAUUUUGGAGAUAUAACGUAUAUAUUAUUCUACUAAUGAUGAAGUAGUGUUUUUAAUUCUUUGUACUGUAUAAGAUUUAUGAAAUGUUUGCUAAUCAAAACAAUGUGAAACAGUUGUCUAUUAUUAUAUUAUUUGACAAAAUAUAUAUAAUAAAUACUCUU